CAGUCUCUCAUCUCUGCUAAAACCUUUUAUUUUGGCCUCUUUUACCAGCUCCUAGUCUGACCAGAGGUUGUUAGCUAUUAACCCUACAACAAACGUUGAUGAUUUGAAAGGCUCCGGUUCCGAAACAGAACAGCAUGCGGAGGUCUGCAGCGGAGAUGAGUUCAAUGCUGUACCUAUGCCUACUAACGGUUGCAACAAGAAGCCACAGUGCAGAGGUCGAGGAGAAGUUAAUGUCUUACCUCCUGAAUUCCGAGAGGUACAAUAGGUUGAUCCGUCCAGCCAUCAACAGCUCUGAGCUGGUCACUAUUGUCUUUCAGGUUUCACUGGCACAGCUCAUCAAUGUGAAUGAACGUGAACAGAUAAUGACAACAAACGUCUGGUUAAAACAGGAAUGGAAUGACUAUCGGCUGCGCUGGGACCCUGAACAGUAUGAAGGGAUUCGCAAGCUGAGGAUACAUGCCACCAAAAUCUGGCUCCCAGACAUCGUACUGUAUAACAAUGCUGAUGGGACCUACGAAGUCUCUCUGUACACUAACGCCAUUAUCUCCUUCAACGGGAGCAUCUACUGGUUGCCGCCUGCCAUCUAUAAGAGUGCCUGCAAGAUCGAAGUGAAGCAUUUCCCCUUUGAUCAGCAAAACUGCCCCAUGAAAUUCAGGUCAUGGACCUAUGACAACACUGAAAUUGACCUGAUCCCCAAAACUGAUGGCGCAAGCAUGGACGAUUUCACUCCUAGUGGAGAGUGGGACAUAGUGACACUCCCAGGGAGAAGGAAUACAAAUCCAUCGGACCCAAAUUAUGUUGAUGUGACAUAUGACUUCAUCAUUAGAAGGAAACCCCUCUUCUACACCAUCAACCUCAUCAUCCCAUGUAUUCUCAUAACCUCGCUGGCCAUUCUGGCAUUUUAUCUCCCAUCAGACUGCGGUGAGAAGAUGACUCUGUGUAUCUCCGUUCUAUUAGCGCUGACUGUAUUUCUCCUGUUGAUUUCCAAGAUUGUCCCUCCAACCUCCUUAGAUGUUCCAUUGAUUGGGAAGUAUCUCAUGUUCACCAUGGUGCUGGUGACAUUUUCUAUAGUGGCCAGUGUCUGUGUGCUCAACAUUCAUCAUCGUUCCCCCAGCACACACACCAUGCCCCAAUGGGUGAAGACCAUUUUCCUGAAUAGGCUACCUUCCCUCCUCUUUAUAAAGAGACCUCAAAACAAUUGGACUCGGCAAAAAUCACACCAAUGCAGGAAGAGCAAUCUCUGCAAUGCCCACAUGAGUCCAGAAGAGAGCAACAAGAACUCCGCCUUCUUUAUAAAUCCAGCAUCCUCCAAAGUUUACGACAUCAAUUUAAUAGAGGCACCUGAUGGCUUCAGCUGCCAUCAAGACACAAGGCUGAGAACAUCCACAAAAUACCCAACCGAAGUACAGGACGCUCUUGAUGGGGUGAGAUUCAUUGCGGACCACAUGAAGAGUGAAGAUGAAGAUCAAAGAGUGACUGAAGACUGGAAAUAUGUGGCCAUGGUGGUAGAUCGCUUGUUCCUCUGGAUUUUUAUUGUGGUUUGCGUUAUGGGGACAGUCGGACUGUUUGUACAACCAUUUUGUCAAUCACAGUACCAUUGAGCCCUGAUGGAUCUCUGCUAGUGUACACAAACUUUCAUUGUGCACAGAGCUUUUUAAACAUGGAUUGUUUUGUGCAAGCAAGAUGAACCGUCUAAAAGUGAUGUACAUGCUUCAGCUGUCCUCCAACAUGCCCUCCCUUUAUCUGAAAAAUGUCUGUACUACAUCAAGAAGCAUUAUUAUAUGAAUUGUAGCAUACCUUUGUCUUAUUUACCAACUUUUAUUAAACAUGAAAGGUUUUGGUUUGAUACAAAAUACUGUUAAAUUUACCUUUGUGAUUUUUUAAGUUUUGACAGCUGCACUGUUCUAAAUAAAUUGAAACACUGCAAAAAA